CCGCCACGCUGGAUAAUGCAAAGAAAUAUAACACUCGGUUGAUCGAAGGAGAAGUCCAACGAAGGGACAAAUUAAGUUUUCUAAGGUCUAUCCUUUCUCUUCAAGAGCCCCCCCAGGCACCAAGAUUCCAUCUAAGAGCAGCUCUUUCCCAACCCAAUGCAUUUCUAAGAGGCUGGAAGUAGCUGAGUUUUUUGGUUUCCGUUCCAGCUCUUGGGUGAUAUAUGCUGCCAGAGGAACUUCUUUUUUUGAGGUGGUGGCUGCUCAGCUUACUCCUAAGACAGUAGCAUCAACUCCUAUCAGGAGAGAAACUGUUGUCGAGUUGAAGGUUGCAAUUAGUGGAUUUGGACGCAUUGGCAGGAACUUCCUUCGAUGCUAGCAUGGCCUAAAAGACUCACCCCUUGAUGUGGUUGUUGUCAAUGACAACAGUGGUGUCAAGAAUAUAAACACAAGCUUCACAUUUGUUGAAAUUCGAUUCAAUGCUUGGAACUUUCAAAGCAGAAGUCAAAAUUGUGGAUUAUACCACCAUUAGUGUUGAUGGCAAGCCAAUCAAGGUUGUCUCUAACAGGGACCCUCUCAAGCUUCCAUGGGCUGAUCUUGGCAUUGACAUUGUCAUUGAGGGAACAGAAGUUGUUGAGCAUGGCCCUGGAGCUGGGAAGCAUGUUCAAGCUGGUGCUAAGAAAGUUAUCAUAACUGCUCCAGAAAAAAUUGCAGACAUUACAACUUAUGUUGUUGGAGUCAACGAAGGUGAUUACUCUCACGAGGUCUCAAACAUCAUAAGUAAUGCCUCUUGCACUGCAAAUUGUUUGGAUCCUUUUGUAAAAGUCAUGGAUGAAGAAUUGGGAAUUGUCAAGGGAACAAUGACAACUACCCAUUCAUACACUGGAGACCAGAGGCUCUUGGACGCUUCACACUGUGACUUGAGGAAAGCUAGGGCCACAGCAUUAAACAUAGUCCCAAUGAGUACCGGUGCAGCCAAGGCCAUCUCUCUUGUGCUAUCCCAGCUCAAGGGCAAGCUCAACAGUAUUGCACUUCGUGUACCAACACCAAAUGCUUCAGUUGUUGACCUCGUUGUGCAUGUUAAGAAGGGGGGGAUUACAGCUGAGUGUGUCAAUGCUGCCUUUAGAAAGGCAGCUGAGGGGCCAUUGAUGGGCAUAUUGGCCAUCUGUGAUGUUCCUCUUGUGUUAGUGGACUUCAGGUGCAGCGAUGUUUCUUCUACCAUUGAUUCUUCACUAACCAUUGUAAUGGGAGACGACAUGGUUAAGGUGGUGGCCUGGUAUGACAAUGAAUAGGGAUAAAGGGUUGUUGAUUUGGCACAUCUUGUAGCAAACAAGUGGCCUGGCAUGCUUGCUGCAGAAAGUGGUGAUCCCUUUGAGGAUUUCUACAAGACAAACCCUGUUGAUGAAGAAUGAAAAGUUUAUGAAGCUUCCCAUUCCAGUUUUCUUGUCAAGAUGAAAGCUACAAUGUCCAGGUUUUAGUAGAUGCUUAUUUUGUAAUGACAGUUGAUUCAUCAUAACAGAACAAUCUUUUGAAAUAGCCAAUGCUAUCACUUCUAAUUCUAUUGUUUUUAACUCUCAAAAUCCAAGAUUAAGGAAUCCAUAUUCCAAUUAAUUUCUCUUAGAUUAGUCAUUAAUUACACUAUUUUUUUGGUCCAUGCUAAUUAAGCCUAUCAGUUGAUCCAGACAUCAGUUUUCCAAUGUUACAAAUUACUAUGAGGUUGAUUGGUUGAAGAGCUCAACAUACCAAAGCAUACUUGGGAAGAAGAUGAAGUUGCUCAAUUGCUUGGAGCCAAUUGUCACUGUGUUUUAUUUGUCGCCUCCAAGGAUGAAAAGCAUGUGGUGUUGCCCAUCUGAUUAUUGACAUUGUUUCAAUCUCAGCCUCUUCUGAAGCCUGCACCUCACAAUCUAUCUUGAAUGUUAAAAGAAGUUAUGUCUCCUAGAUGAGUUUUUAAUGUUAGAUGUCGCAGACAAAGCUACAUACUACCUGACAUGUAACUGAUUUUGAAGCAGAUGUCUCCAUUAUAGUAAAUCAAAAUAUCUGGACAUA